CUCCUUUUCCACCCCCGCAGAGACAUAGAUAUCGCCAAAAGGGGAACGAAACGGAUUUCUUGCCCCUUUUUCAUUUUAAUUUAUUGUUAGUCGGUUCCCGGCCUGAAGCGAGCUCAGCACCUUUUUUUGCACGUGAAUUUGUACGUCAUCAAUUGAGAGUACACACUAUAAACUGUGAGACAACAAAUCAUGCUCCGAUCCGUCGCAUCAACUCGGGGCGCUGCCCCUCAUUCGGUCAAGUCAUGGGUGGCUGGCUCCAGUUCCCGUGGCCUUGGGCCGAGGGCAUGCGGACUCCGACUUCAGCAGCAGCAGAAGCAGGCGCUACUGUCGACCACUUCCUCCUCCUCCUCCUCCUCCUCCGCCUCUACUUCUAGCUCCUACAUUCUUCGAUCGUCGUCAUUGUCGGCCACGCCUAGAGUUCCGCUCAUCACAUCUACUACCCACGCGAGAGGGCUACAUACCACGAACGCGAGGAUGUCUGCCACACGAACCGAAAGCGAUGCCUUUGGCGAGAUUCAGGUGCCCGCCGACAAGUACUGGGGUGCCCAGACGGAACGGUCGCUCGAGAACUUCAAGAUCAACCAGCCCCAGGACCGCAUGCCGCCUCCGAUCGUCAAGGCUUUCGGUAUUUUGAAGGGUGCCGCUGCCACCGUGAACAUGCGCUACGGUCUCGACCCCGAGAUUGGCAAGGCCAUUCAACAAGCCGCUGCCGAAGUCGCCGAAGGCAAGCUCAUGGACCACUUCCCCCUGGUCGUCUGGCAGACGGGCUCGGGCACGCAGUCCAACAUGAACGCCAACGAAGUCAUCUCGAACCGCGCCAUUGAGAUGCUCGGCGGCCAGAUGGGCACGAAGAAGCCGGUCCACCCGAACGACCAUGUCAACCGCAGCGCCUCGUCCAACGACACGUUCCCGACGGUGAUGCACAUCGCCGCCGUGCUCGAGAUCGAGAGGGAGCUCGUCCCCGCCAUCAAGAGCCUCCGCGACGCGCUGCAGAACAAGGUGGAUGAGUUCGAGGCCAAGGGGGUCAUCAAGAUCGGCCGCACGCACCUCCAGGACGCCACGCCCCUGACGCUGGCGCAGGAGUUCUCGGGCUACGUCGCGCAGCUCGACGCGGGCGUGGCGCGCGUCGAGUCGUCGCUGCCGGACCUGCGGCUGCUGGCGCAGGGCGGCACUGCCGUCGGCACGGGCAUCAACACGUUCGAGGGCUUCGCCGAGGGCAUCGCCGAGGAGGUCAGCAAGAUGACGGGCACCGAGUUCAGGACGGCGCCCAACAAGUUCGAGUCGCUGGCGGCGCACGAUGCCAUCGUCCAGGCGCACGGCUCGCUCAACACGCUGGCCGGGUCGCUGAGCAAGAUCGCCAACGACAUCCGCUACCUCGGCAGCGGCCCGCGCUGCGGCCUCGGCGAGCUCAACCUGCCGGAGAACGAGCCCGGCAGCAGCAUCAUGCCCGGCAAGGUCAACCCGACCCAGUGCGAGGCGCUGACCAUGGUGUGCGCCCAGGUCAUGGGCAACCACGUGGCCACCACCAUCGGUGGCAUGAACGGCCAGUUCGAGCUCAACGUCUACAAGCCGCUGGUGAUCCGGAACCUGCUGCACAGCGUGCGCAUCUUGGCCGACGGCAUGCGGUCGUUUGAGAAGAACCUGGUGGAGGGCCUCCAGGCCAACGAGGAGAAGAUUGCCAGCAUUAUGAAGGAAUCUCUCAUGCUGGUGACCUGCUUGAACCCCAAGAUCGGCUACGACAUGGCCAGCAAGGUUGCCAAAAACGCGCAUAAGAAGGGCCUGACUCUCAAGGAGAGCGCCAUGGAGCUCAACGCCCUGACGUCGGAGGAGUUCGAUCAGCUGGUGCGGCCUGAGCUCAUGGUCGGGCCCAAGCCUUACAAGCCGUAAGAGACAUGUUCUAGGUACUUUGUACGUUCUGAGUACGUACUGGGCACCUUGACUGUCUCUGCGAGGGGUCCCGGGCCCCGGGACGGGAGGCGGCCUAGAACGGGGAUGUGGGGAGCCGA